AUGAAGAAAAAGAACGUUGGAAGUCACAAUCCCGGCCGGUUAUAUACACCUGGAACAGAACGAAACCAAACGGAACCAAACCAAACGACUCCAUCGCUCACCUCUGACUCCUCGCAGAUCAUCUUAGUGGAACCGCGCAUUGCCCUGGCCCGUGAAGCAGAGCAAGUGCAAGACCCGCAUGCAAGGCCAUCCAACGGCCAGCCCUAUGGGACUGGACUGGCCGCCCCAGGCAGAAAGGUCAGUGAAAGUGGGAGGGGUCACCGGAAAAGACCGACGCACGCGCCAAUCGGUGGAUACGACGAGCUGAAGAUGUCGGAGAGCUUAGCUUGGUAUUGUUUGCUCAGCCAGUUAGCGUUGGGGGAUCUUGCCCUGAUGGAGUACAGCGUGGCCUAG